UCUUUUGGUCGUUGCUGUUAGGCUUCUUGCUUCGCAGGAGGUUUAGAGAGUGCAUGCGUCGCUUCUUCGUUUCCUUCGUGACUGUUCAACUUCGCUCCUUCGACGUCUUUCCCUUCCUGUCGGAUCGGAAAUUUCGACAUUUUGAUCGGAAGCAAGAACGGGACCUCGCUGGCUGUGAAGUCAUUUGCAGUGACGAGCUUAGCAAUUCUCGCCCUUGAAGUUGAAUAGAUGACGAAUGUAGGGAGCAUUAAGUCCACCUCUCUCAACGGGGUGAAGAUAUACUCCGUCUCCGGCCAGCGUUCCUUGCCCUCAUGGCUCCCGCCUAAGAAGCUCAAAGCCCUCCGAAAAGACAAAGAGUACCUCCGAAGAGUGGAUUUGAUCCAGGACUUGAAAUUUGAAACUGCGACAACCAAAAUUAAGGUGACUCCUGAUGGAGAAUACUUAAUUUCAUCAGGUAUUUAUCCUCCUCAAGUGAAAGUGUUUGAGUUACGAGAAAUGUCAUUGAAAUUUGAAAGGCACUUGGUUUCAGAAGUAAUUAACUUUGAGGUGCUUGGUGAUGAUUACUCCAAGAUUGCAUUUCUCUGUGCUGAUCGUUCCAUCUGCUUGCAUGCCAAGUACGGAAGUCACUACAGCUUACGAAUCCCAAGGAUGGGAAGGGAUAUGAAGUAUGAUAGCUGGUCCUGCGACUUACUUUGUGCUGCUUCCUCACCAGAAUUAUACAGAAUCAACUUGGAACAGGGCCGUUUUUUGUCAUCAAUCAGCUCUAAUUCACCAGCUAUCAAUGUUGUUUGUCGUAGUAUGAUUCAUGGCCUUAUUGCUUGUGGUGGUGACGAUGGAUUUGUGGAAUGUUUUGACAUGAGAAAGAAAUCUUCAGUCGGCAGAGUUAAUGCUGUUGUGCAAUCUGGUGAUUCAGAUCAGGAGAUUACCGCCGUGCAAUUUGAUGAAGACCAUGGGUACCUGAUGGCAGUUGGGACCAGUGCUGGGAAGAUAUCUAUCUAUGACUUGCGAAUGUCUGAUCCAAUUCGAAUCAAGGAUCAUAUGUACGGAAGACCUAUAUUAGACAUCAAGUGGCAUCAGACUCUUAAUUCUGUAGAUCCUAAAUUGAUCAGCACUGAUAGCCAUGUUGUUCGAGUUUGGGAUCCUAAUACGGGGGAUAAUUUGAUUAAUAUAGAACCAAGUGAUGGUGCCAUCAAUGACGUUUGUGUUUUCCAUGAAAGUGGCUUGAUGUUAUUGGCUUUGGAUUGCAGCCAAAUACCGGCCUACUUCAUUCCAAAUUUAGGGCCUGCACCAAAGUGGUGCUCAUAUUUGGAGAACCUUACUGAAGAGAUGGAGGAGGGAUCACAAGCUACUAUUUAUGAUGAUUAUAAAUUUUUAACAAAGGAAGACCUUGAGAGGUUGCAUUUGACAAAUCUAAUUGGCACAAAUUUGUUAAGAGCUUAUAUGCAUGGGUUCUUUAUUGACUAUCGUUUAUUCAAAAAGGCACAAGCUAUUGUAGAUCCAUUUGCUUAUGAAACUUAUAUAGAGAAGAAGAAACAGGAAAAGAUUGAGGCUGAGCGCGCUUCUCGCAUUACGAUUAAAAGGAAGUUGCCCAAAGUAAACCGUUUGCUUGCUGCUAGGCUUCUUGAAAAUCAAGAAGCGGAAGGUGAGGUGAUGAUUGCAGAUGACCAUAAUGCAAAAAAGAAAUUGUCAAAGAAAAAUAGAGGCUUGACGAGUGAUAUUUUGAGAGAUGAACGUUUUACUGCAAUGUUUGAGAAUAAGGACUUUGAAGUUGAUGAGCUAUCACGUGAAUAUCUUUCACUUCAUCCUCAAUCUACCAAGAAGAAUUCCUCUCUGAUUGAAGAAUAUUUUGACCCAGUAAUGGAGGAUGAGGAAGAAGGUACCAGUAGCUCUGAUGCUUCAGUAGCUUCUCAAUCAUUAGAAGAGGAGUCUGAUGAGGAUAAAAAGCAUAAGAAGAAUCCAAAGCGUGUGAGGUUAUACGAAGUGAAGGAUGAGCGCCACGCUGAAGCAUUUUGGAGCGCAGUUUCCCUUGCAAAGGAUGAUGCCCUUCCUCUGGGCGAGAGGGUUGCGGCACUCGAGAAGAGAUCUGCUGCUCCAAGUAAUGUGAAGCUUGGUCUCGGUGGCUCGCGAGAGAUUUCCUUUUUGUCUACCAAUACAAAACAGCAAAAGAAGGUUGAGAACCCUCCUGAGGGGAAAAGAAGGGGCAUUAAACCACUUGGGUUGAAGCCGGGCAAAGCAGAAUUCUAUGGCAGAAAAAGGCAAAAUGGCCGCAGCAGAAGGCACUGACAGGGCAUGUGAAGAUUGCUUCAUUGCUUAUAUAAUGGUAAAUUAAGGUCUUUCUGAUGCCAUCUUACAUAGCAAUGCAAAAGAGGGACAAGUUUUCUUCCCCACCUUAGUUCACUGAUCUACCCAGUUUUGAUGUUUAAUCUAUUAUUCAAUUAUUCGAUGCGAUGUUAUUGUGGUUGAUCUGUAAUACAGAUCAACUUCUUUUUGUUUUAUUACUGCUGUACAUAAUUUUGCAUGUGUUGAUAAAGUUUGCAUGCAUAUUUUUUAAUUAGUUUAAAUUUUGUUUUUGGUGGAAUUUAGCUGUAAUUGUUUGACAUUUUAGCUCCAACGGGUUUGUAGCUUCUGCUA